AUGACGUCAUAAGACUGCGCCGCGUUCGUGCAGCUGUUGUGAUUCUGCUGAAGAAAGAUGGAGUUUAUUAAAGAGGAGACUGAAGACAUAAAGAUUGAAGAAACAUUCAGAGUGAAACAUGAAGAUACUGAGGAACAAACAGACCAAAUGGCACUGAAAGAGGCGAGUCAUGAACUUAAUGGAAAGGAAGAAGAGAAAGAACAUUAUGAUAAACAUCACGAUUUCAUGACUGGGGAAAGAUCGACACAGGCUAAAAAGUCUUCCUCACGAAAAAGAGCUCAAAAGACAGGAACUAAAAGUUAUUUCACCUGCCAACAGUGUGGAAAAAAUUUUGAUCAACAUAGAAACCUUCAAGUCCACUUGAGAGUUCACACUAGAGGGAGCUCCUUCACUUGCCAACAGUGUGGAAAGAGUUUCACACAUAAAGGAAACCUUAAAGACCACAUGAGAAUUCAUACUGGAGAAAAGCCUCACACCUGCAAACAAUGUGGGAAGAGUUUCAGUCAAAAAGGAAGCCUUACAGUCCACGUGAGAAUUCACACUGGAGAAAAGCCUUUCACCUGCCAACAGUGUGGACAGAGUUUCACUGUAAAAGGAAACCUUAAAGACCACAUGAGAAUUCACACUCAAGAGAAACCUUUCACCUGCCAGCAAUGUGGACAGAGUUUCAGUCAAAAAGGAAACCUUGUAGUCCACAUGAGAAUUCACACUGGAGAGAGCCCAUUCGCCUGCCAACAGUGUGGACAGAGUUUCACUGUAAAAGGAAACCUUAAAGACCACAUGAGAAUUCACACUGGUGAGAAACCUUUCACCUGCCAGCAAUGUGGAAAGAGUUUCACAUAUAAAGGAAGUCUUAAAGUCCACAUGAGAACUCACACUGGAGAAAAGCCUUACACCUGCCAACAGUGUGGACAGAGUUUCAGUGAGAAAGGAAACCUUAUAACCCACAUGAGAACUCACACUGGAGAGAAACCUUACAGCUGCACUCUGUGCGGGAAUGGAUUCACACGGGAACCAAGCCUCAGGGAACACAUGAAUAUUCACACUGGAGAGAAGCCAUUUACAUGUGGUCAGUGUGGAAAGAGUUUCACACAUAAAUUGACCCUUUAUUACCACAUGAAAAUUCAUACUGGAGAGAAGCCAUUCAUAUGUGAUAAGUGUGGAAAGAGUUUCAGAUUUAAAUGUGACCUUAAGUGCCACAUGAGGAUUCACUCGAAAGAGAGCUGUUUUGGAAGUCGUCACUGUGGAAAGAGCAGAGGUGUAAAGAGUACCUGAAAACCAUUCUUGAGUAAAAGUACAGAUACCUUACAGCGAAAAUGACUCCAUUACAAGUUAAAAGUGACCAAUUCUAAUACAACUUGAGUAAAGGUCUUAGAGUAUCUGAUUUUAACUGUACUGAAGUAUUUUACUCAUGCAGAAUUUAGGCUCAAAGAUGCACUAGUCCUCAACACCUGAGAGACAUGCCAGUGAAAAUAAACAAUUGAUUUGAUUGAUGAGAAAUCAUGUUUAUUUUCUAAAAUCAAAAUUAAAAACUGAAUACCUCAACAUUGCAAUAAAUCAAGGUUGACACAACAGCCUCUCAAAAGUCUACAAACUCUCAAGUCUCAUUUAAGCUCAACUGCACAAAAAGGCCAUAAGUAAACUUUCAUAAAUAAAAUAAUAUUACGUAGUUAAAUUCAACUUGCACUGGAUGUGUUGGUUUCAGCCUCAUCAUCAGUAUAGCCAAGUCUGUGGUUUUCCCGUGAAAUUGGGCUACUUUUACACCGUUGCCGCGGGUUGUUUUGCAUAUCCGUGGGUUGAAGCAACCCCAAAUAACAUGAUAUUUAGCCCCUGUAAUGCAUUUUUUAUCUGGGGAGCCCCACCAAAAACACAGAUUUUAACCCCAGAAUUUUUUUCUCGUGGGACCCGUCAUAUGCGAUUGGGCUAGUUUUGAGUAGCAAUUGGGCGGGUUUUGUUGUGAAAACCUGGCAACCCUGCUCAUCACCAGUGCAGUCAUGACCUCAUCUCUUAUAUCAAACACCUGCGAUUCACAACUAUCUACUAAUGCACUCGCAUUCAUGUAAAGUAUAAGUUUGGGUGAGUACAGGCAAAACACACAAGAUAUAGUACCUUCAAUGCCUUCUUUAUAGCAGAAACAAACUGCUGCAGAAAAAGUUAGGUGCCAUGCAAAAUGUAAUGUGUACGUUCAUUGCAUUAGUCAUCACAAAUGUAUAGGAGUAAAAAGUACAUUUACUUGUUCAAAAAUGUUGUCAAGUACAGAGUAAAAGUUGCUUAUAUCUCUGAUACAGUAGCCAAAAAUAUACUGAAGUACAGUAACUCAUUACUGUACAUUUACUCAAAUACUUCACACCACUGGGAAAGAGUUUCACAGACAGGAAAACUACAAGAAUUAUGUAAUAAUUCACACCAGAGAGAAGUUUCCAUAUCAAAGACCUGUGCCUGUAUGCAUAAAACUUCUCAGUUUUCACUUAUGUGUCAAAAAAUUCUUAGUAAUGUAGGACUUUUCUAAGAGUAGGAGACUUUUAUAAAGAAGCUAAAAACAAUUUUCAGUAAAGUCUAAGACUAAUUCUUGAGUGCUGACUGAGGUGGCACUUAAAUGUUGUGAACUCAAAAUGGCCGCCCUCAACCUCUGAAUCAGCCAAUAGUAAGCCUGCAAGGGUUAAGUCACUGCAGCAUGACAACAAUUAUUUAAUGCAAUUAUAAUGAAAUCAUUAAUGAAUUUAUUUUAAAAAAUUGCUUUGCAUUGUGCAAAAUUCUCCCAAAUUAGUACUGAUGCUGUGGAAUCACUUUCUAUUGAUUUAUGUCUCCUCAUUUACAGUUGGAUUGAUGAUGCUAACAUGAGUUUCAUCAAUGGUUCUAACAACUCCAGGAAAGCCCGAAAUCCUAAUCAAAAACGGCUUCCUUUUGCCACAUGGUUUGGUGGUCAGUUUGAAAGUCAAUGAACUGUCAAACAGUAGUGGCCAAAAAUGAUGUUUGGCUUAGGAAAAUUUACAUAUUCACCCUUUAUUCAAAUAUUAUUAAAAAUGUCUUAAAGGGGUGGUUGAUUAUGAUUUGAUAUUUUUAACUUUAGUUAGUGUGUAAUGUUGCUCAAAGUUCAAUGCCAAGGAAGAUAUUUUCUUUUAAAGAAUUCUCUGUUUAAGGACUACAACAAACGGCUGGUAGGGACAACAACGAAUUUCUUCCCGGGUAAGUGACAUCACUAACCCUAUAAUUUACAUAAACACCGCCCCCGAGAACACACAACAAAGGGGGUGACCAUGUUAUUGCAAUACAGUACGUAACAAAAAUGCAAUAGCAUGUCAAAAAAGCAAGAUGACAACAUAAGUUAUAUCUGUAAUUAAACUAAACUAUCAUAUCUUCAUGCAACAUAUAUUCUCUGACUCCGUAAGCAUCUUACAACAGCUCCCACAGAAGCAAUUUAUAGAUUAUCAUGACAGAAUAUGCUAAUCAAUGACUUUAAGAUAUCCCACAUCAGCUACAUAAAAUAAGCAACUAACCAUUCAGAAACAUCCUGUUACAUUCUACAUGUUGUCACUUCUUGAGUCUCUCCAUCAUUGUCUGACUCUUUUCUGUGUCUGACAUUUUCAGUGAGUCUUUCUGAGGUAAUCGGUGCUGUUAACAAUAUGUGCUAACACAAGCUCUUGAAACACCGCCCUCUGCUUAGGAGCAGCAGCUCAUUUGCAUUUAAAGGGACGCACACAAAAA